GGAUGUUUGUGUUAGUGAGUGAAAUGAAUCAGUUGUAAAAGUAGUUAUGGAUGAAGUUACUGGAGCUCAACUCAUCGCUGCGGCGCUGAAAGAUCAGAAUGUGGAGUACAUGUUUGGCAUUGUUGGUGUGCCUAUCAUUGAGGUGGCCAUGGCUGCGCAAGCGGCUGGCAUCAAGUAUGUUGGCAUGCGCAAUGAACAAGCAGCCUGCUACGCUGCAUCUGCCAUUGGAUAUUUGACUGGACGGCCAGCUGUCUGUCUAGUGGUGUCUGGGCCUGGCCUGAUUCAUGCGCUAGGAGGAAUGGCUAAUGCUAACGUGAACUGCUGGCCUGUCAUUGUGCUAGGUGGCUCAUCCGAUAGAAACCAAGAAACCACAGGAGCGUUUCAGGAGUUCCCUCAGGUUGAAGCUUGUCGUUUGUAUAGCAAGUUUUCUGCUCGACCCAGCAGCCUUGAGAUGAUCCCGGCUGUAGUUGAAAAAGCUGUAAGGAGCAGUAUUUAUGGCCGUCCAGGAGCGUGCUACAUUGACAUAGCUGGAGACAUGGUUAAUGCCAAAAUAGACCGGGCCACUGUCAGGUUUGUUUCCUGUUGUCCCGCUCCUCCUUUGAGUCAGGCUGACUGCAGGGAGAUCACACAGGCUGUCAGGCUACUCAAAACAUCUCAAAGUCCUCUGAUCAUCAUUGGCAAAGGUGCUGCGUAUGCCAGGGCAGAGGAGGUGGUCAGGGAACUGGUGGAGGUCACUGGGAUACCCUUUCUUCCCACACCAAUGGGGAAAGGAGUCCUGCCAGAUGACCAUCCCAACUGUGUUGCUGCAGCCAGAUCCAGAGCUCUGUUGCAGGCUGACGUUAUAGUGCUGCUGGGUGCCAGACUUAAUUGGAUCCUACACUUUGGCUUUCCACCCAGAUUCAGUGCCAAUGUAAAGAUCAUUCAGGUGGAUCUGUGUGCUGAAGAGUUGAGUAAUAACGUGAGAGCUGCAUCUGCUCUACUUGGAGACAUAAAGAUGGUGACCAGCCAGCUGUUGGAGACUGUAAGAUCAGAGUCUUGGAGAUUUCCAUCUGAUUCACAGUGGUGGGCGACACUAAGGGAGAAAAUUACUGCCAAUGCUCAGAUAACAAAGGCUCUUUCUUUGCAGACGACUCUGCCUAUGAACUACUACACUGCAUUUCACCACAUUUCGGAGCUCCUUCCUAAAGACUGCAUCAUAGUGAGUGAGGGAGCAAACACUAUGGACAUCGGCCGCACCAUGUUGCUCAAUCACCUCCCUCGGCACAGGUUAGAUGCUGGUACUUUUGGCACUAUGGGGGUAGGUCCAGGCUUUGCCAUCGCAGCAGCAGUUCUGGAGCAAGCGCAGAGAGUCGGCCAAAAAGUGGUGUGUGUGGAAGGAGACAGUGCUUUCGGCUUCUCCGGCAUGGAGGCAGAGACCAUGUGCAGGUAUAAACUGCCCAUCAUCAUCAUUGUAAUUAAUAACAAUGGCAUUUACAGUGGAGUGGAUCCAGAGACAUGGAAAGCAAUGGAAAAGAUGGGAGACAUGACCACCAUAGCUCCUCCGGUGACCCUAUUGCCUGAGGCUCGGUACGAGCAGGUAAUGAGCGCAUUUGGUGGUCAUGGGUAUCUGGUUCGUACAGUGGAGGAACUGCGCACCGCACUACAAGACAGUCUGAAGAACACACAGAUGCCCAGCCUUCUCAAUGUACUUAUUGACCCAACUUCAGACCGCAAACAACAGGAGUUUCCUUGGCUGACGCGUUCAAAUCUUUAAAAGCUGAAAGGAAGAGGAAGAAAUCACAUCAUGUCUCAACGGAGGACUUUAUGCUACUUACACUACAUUUGGUCGAUUUACUGCAGGUGGCACCAUUUCCUAUAAAAAAAAAACCGUCAUUAAAAAACAGAAUCAUUUAAGGACCUGAAGUGAACUUCCAUUCAACAUCUUUAUGUAAAAAGUUAACAAGAGUAAUUCUCACCCUUCAUGCCAUUCCAAACCCGCAUGACUUUGCAUUCCCGGUGUCAUAAAAGUAACUUGUUUUUGAAGAAUUGCUUUCUUACAACAUCAAUUUAUGCAGUUUUAUAAAAAUUAUUAAUGAAACCUGGAGUCAAGUUCAGUCACCCAGAAGUCAGUGGGCUUUUUGAAAGGGUUAAAUAGUUAAAUGCCUGAUAAAGCUCAAAAUAUUUACAUAUUUUUAAGAUAUUUUUUCACUCUUGACUAUUUGACCAUUUUUAAUUAGUUAAUAUAUUUGAAUCGAUGUUUUUAAACCCUUGUACACACUAUUCCACUUUUACAGUCUUGUUGUUGUUGUAUUUCUGCAAACUAUUUCCACUUUCAAACUUUUUAAAAAAAGAUUCUAAAUAGAAUUGAAUGAGUUGAUGGAAGCCUAAUGGUUGUUACUGCUGUUUUGUUUAGCCUCUAAAAUGAUGACAAUCAAAACUGUAAAUGUAACAAAUAAAGUAACCUGUAACAAAACA